CUCCCACCCCUCUGACCCCCACUGUCGUGCUCCUCCAGGCUGGGCCUAUGGCCGCGAAGCUUUUGAAUCUUCCCCCAUGGCAGAAACUAGCUGCUCGGCCCCCAGGAGGGCAACUCAUCAGGAACGAUGUGGAAGGUGUCAGCUCUACUCUUCAUUUUGGGGAGCCGAUGCUCUGGGUCCCGGCAGAGAGGAGCCAGCAUGGGCCAGCCAGAAGAUGACAUUGAGACUCCAGGUACAGAAGGCAGCAUUGUGAUGCCAGGUGCCGAAGAUGAUGUGGUGACCCCAGGAGCUGGUGAAGACCUCUCUACGGCUGGCUUGACAACUCUGGUGGCAAUGAGUGUCAAGAGUGUGACCGACACUGGCCCCGAGGAUCUGCCAACUCCAGAAAGCACAGCACACACCAAAGAAGGAAGUCCGAGCACCACAACCUCAAACGUGGCAACCAGUCCCUCCAGGGAGAAAGUGGAUGGAGAGACACAGAUAACAGUUGACAAGGAUGGUUUGGCAACAGUGACCCUGGUCGGAAUUAUAGUUGGGGUCUUACUAGCCAUUGGCUUCAUUGGCGGAAUCACCGUGGUGGUUAUGCGAAAAAUGUCUGGAAGGUAUUCGCCCUAAAGAGCUGAAGGGUUACGCCCUACUGCCAACACACUGAAAAAAAGACCUUUCUGUUCCUCUGCGCCCUGUCCCUGAGCUUGUGGGAGAUGAUCCGUGGAACACUUGCCCACCCCAUUCAGAAUCCAUGGUGAUCUCUCUGCUUGCCAAAGUAACUGAAGGAAAGGCGGUUCACCAGGCCUGGCUCCUCUAAAUAUUUGCCUUUCAAACAUGUUUUCGAAUCUACAUUCUAUAAAAGAUGAUUCGAAAGACAAGAUUCAUAGAAAAUGGGGCAAAACUGUAUAAACUGCAUUCUAAAAAGACUGGACCAUUGGAUCGAUGUUAGAUGCUGUAAUCAUG